AUGGUUAUUUAUAUGAAACGAAAACUUUUCGUAUUCUUCAUCACACUUGUUGCUUUUCUUGUUUGCAAUGCUGGACAAAAUGGAGAAUGUAUUGGUGGAACUGUUGAGGAUAUUCCUAAUGAUUGCGUAAUUAUCAUUUCAAAACCAUUAAUUAUCGCAGAAAAAUCUCAUGAAAACAUCCUUCGUUCAAAACUGGCCAAAGUUGAGAAAAUUAAAGCCGGUCUUGAGAUUUCAAAUAUUCGUUUUUCAAUGUUUAACUAUCUACAAAACACAGUAUCAAUUGAAAACCCAACUGGUCCGGCCAUAUUUUUUAAUGGAAACCAAAAAUUGCAGCGAGUUUUGCUACAGAAACUGGAAAGUUUGAAAGGGAAACCGAACGAACUGUUAUUUUCUAAAGACAACUUUAUUCAUUCGGUUUUCAAAGACGGAAACUCAAUGACUGACUUCAUGAAACUCAGAGCUGCCGCUUACAACUCCAGUCGUCAAAAAUGUGACAAUAACUUCUUUGAGGUUCUAGACAGUCAAGCACCAAACGUCGUGGUUUUGGAAAGAAUGGAAAUUUCUAUGGCAAUUGGAGCUAUAACUACUAUAGUGAUUGCAAUAUGGAUUUGCUAUUAUUUCUGUGUUUCCAAAGAGAAAAAGUUGAAGAAGAAAUAUUGUUUAAUUAAGAAACCGAAAACAAAAGCUACAACAAGCAGUAACAAUGAAAUCAAGAAAAACGUAUUGAAGAUGGAUGUGACAAAGGAUAAAGAUCUGGAAAGUUCAAAACUUCCAACUGAAUCUAAGCGCUCUUCAUUACAAUCUCCACAAAGUGAACUCAGUAAAGUUGAAAAAGCCCAGGCUUCUAUUAAUUGUUCCAUUUCCAAGAAGUAA